AUGGCCACGCUGGCUUGCCGGGUGCAGUUCUUGGACGACACGGACCCUUUCAACAGCACCAACUUCCCGGAGCCCAGCCGGCCGCCGCUGUUCACGUUCCGCGAGGACCUCGCGCUCGGCACCCAGCUGGCCGGGGUCCACCGGCUGCUGCGGGCGCCGCACAAGCUGGACGACUGCACGCUGCAGCUCUCCCACAAUGGCACCUACCUGGACUUGGAAGCCACCCUGGCCGAGCAGCGGGACGAGUUAGAAGGCUUCCAGGAUGACGCUGGGCGGGGCAAGAAGCACAGUAUCAUUUUGAGGACACAGCUGUCUGUGAGGGUCCACGCCUGCAUCGAAAAGCUGUACAACUCAAGUGGACGAGAUUUAAGAAGAGCCCUUUUCUCCCUGAAGCAGAUAUUUCAGGAUGACAAGGAUUUGGUGCAUGAAUUUGUUGUGGCCGAAGGUCUGACGUGUUUGAUCAAGGUGGGAGCUGAAGCAGAUCAGAACUAUCAGAACUACAUCCUGAGGGCGUUGGGCCAGAUCAUGUUGUAUGUGGAUGGGAUGAAUGGAGUAAUAAACCACAAUGAAACCAUUCAGUGGCUCUACACGCUCAUUGGGUCAAAGUUCCGCCUGGUGGUGAAGACAGCCCUGAAGCUGCUGCUCGUGUUUGUGGAGUACUCAGAGUCAAAUGCUCCUCUUCUGAUUCAGGCUGUGUCUGCUGUUGACACGAAAAGAGGAGUCAAGCCCUGGUCAAAUAUCAUGGAAAUCCUGGAGGAAAAAGAUGGCGUUGACACGGAGCUGCUGGUUUAUGCAAUGACUUUAGUGAAUAAGACGUUGUCAGGAUUGCCGGACCAGGACAGCUUCUACGAUGUGGUGGACUGCCUGGAGGAGCUGGGCAUCGCAGCCGUGUCCGAGAGGCACUUGAACAAGAAAGGGACUGACCUGGACUUGGUGGAGCAGCUGAACAUUUAUGAGAUGGCGCUGAGACUGGAGGAUGGUGAUGAAACUGCAGAGCCGCCCCCCAGCGGGCGCCGGGACCGGCGGCGAGCCAGCGUCUGUUCUGGUGGAGUGGGCGAGCCCAGGGGCCUGGACCGCAGGCGCAGCCGCAGGCACUCCGUACAGAAUAUCAAGAGUCCUCUGUCGGCUCCUGCCAGCCCCUGCUCCCAGACUGCUCCAGGCUGCAAGACCAGUCAAGUACGAGACCUCUGCGAAAAGCCUCAGGUGGAGGAGGAGGAGGAAGAGGAAGAGCAGCCAGUCACGGAGCCCAAUUCAGAGGAAGAGAGAGAGGACGAUGCCCUUGCCCCAAGUCAGGGCAAGGACAGCCAGGUCAGCCCUGCCUCAGAACAGAACCCCCCAGAGAAGGAUGCUGCUCCCCAGAGUUCAGCCACUGCCUCCAGCACCACCUUGCAGGGAAAGCAGCUGCCGGCCAGCACAGCAGUGGGGAGCCCCUUGUGCUGUGGGUCCUCCGGGCCUGCUCUGCUGUCUCCCCCACCCCGGGCCUCAGCCUCUCGGCCCUCCUCUACUGCACCUGCCCCCCCGAAGGUGUCACCUACCAUAGAGAAACUGCCCUACGUGCCCCACACCCCCUUCCACCUCUUCUCCUAUGACUUUGAGGAUUCACCCAUAUCCACCAAGGAGAAGGAAGCCGAGUCCCAGAAGGAAAACAGGUACAGCAACUUUGGCACCAACUCUUAUCACUCUAGACCUUCCCCUGGACCAGCUCUGCCCUCCGCCCCCACAUCAUCUCUUUCACCCCCCCAGGAGGCCGGACUGGAAAGGUCUUCACUGAGUGGUCUUCUCACGUCAUCUUUUAAGCAGCACCAAGAAUCUUUGGCAGCAGAGAGAGAGAGGCGGCGACAGGAGAGAGAAGAAAGGUUGCAGAGAAUAGAGCGGGAAGAAAGAAACAAAUUCAACCGGGAGUAUUUAGACAAAAGAGAGGAGCAAAGACAAGCAAGAGAAGAAAGAUACAAAUACUUGGAGCAGUUAGCAGCUGAGGCUCGGGAGAAGGAACUGAGAAGCCGGAGUGUGAGCCGGGGCAGAGCCGACCUCUCCUUGGACCUGACCUCACCCACAGCCCCUGCCUCCUCCGCCCUUCUGAGCCGAAGCCCUUCGUCUCCAGACUCCCAGGAGGCUCUCAGGGUAUCAUCAUCCUCCCCCGGAACAUCUCAGCAUUCCCAAGUGAGUGCCGGGGAUCCUGUUCCCGAACCGGAGGCAGAACCAGAACCAGAACCAGAACCAGAACCAGAACCAGAGCCAGAGCCAGAGCCAGAGCCAGAACCAGAGGCAGAGGUGGGGCAGGUUGCUGAUGAGGCCAGCCAGGAAGUAGCCCCUGCCCACCUGGGGACAGAGAGCGGAGUGGAGCGGGCCCUGGAGCACGAGCCAGAAGAGCGAGCCUCCCUCAGUGAGAAAGAGAGACAGAACGAGGAGGUGAACGAGAGGGACAACUGUUCCGCCUCCAGCAUCUCAUCCUCCAGCAGCACAUUAGAGAGGGAGGAGAAGGAGGACAAGCUCUCCAGGGACAGGGGAAAUGGUUUGUGGUCCACAGGUGUUCAGGAUGCCGGUGUAAAUGAGCAGUGUGGCGACAUCCUCACCAACAAACGGUUCAUGCUGGACAUGCUGUAUGCCCAUAACAGAAAGUCCACGGAGGAGGAGGAGGAGGAGGAAGAGGAGGAGGGCCCAGGCCCGGCCAGCAGGACUGAGCAGGGGGCAGAGGCAGUGGCUAGCUUGGCCAGCAGAAUAUCCACCUUGCAGGCCAACUCUCUAGCCCAGGAUGAGAGUGUCAGGAGGGUGGACGUUGACUGUCUGGACAAUCGGGGCAGUGUGAAAGCCUUUGCUGAAAAAUUUAACAGCGGGGAUGUAGGAAGAGGGUCCGUCUCCUCUGACACCGAGCCCAGUGAGAAGGUCUCUGAGAAAGCAUCUGCACAGCAGAAGACUGAAUCGGAUUAUAUCUGGGACCAGCUCAUGGCCAAUCCAAGGGAGCUCAGAAUCCAAGACAUGGAUUUCACUGACCUGGGGGAGGAGGAUGACAUCGACGUCCUGGACGUGGACCCAGGUCACAGGGAGGCCUCCGGGCCACCGCCCCCACCCCCGCCCAUCUUUCUGGGUCUGCCUCCCCCACCCCCUCCACCCCUGUUGGACAGUGUGCCUCCCCCUCCUGCCCCUGGUAAUUUAUUGGCUUCUCCUCCAGUGUUCAAUGCUCCUCAGGGCUUAGGGUGGCCCCAGGUACCCAGGGGUCAGCCAGCAUUCACAAAGAAAAAGAAGACCAUCCGUCUGUUCUGGAAUGAAGUGCGACCGUUCGAGUGGCCCUGUAAGAACAACCGCCGCUGCAGAGAAUUCCUGUGGUCGAAACUGGAACCCAUUAAGGUGGACACUUCCAGGCUGGAACAUCUGUUUGAAUCGAAAUCGAAGGAACUGUCCGUCUCAAAGAAAACUGCUGCAGAUGGAAAAAGACAGGAGAUCAUCGUCCUGGAUUCCAAGAGGAGCAAUGCUAUCAAUAUUGGUCUGACGGUACUUCCCCCUCCAAGGACCAUUAAGAUAGCCAUUCUGAAUUUUGAUGAAUAUGCCUUAAACAAAGAAGGAAUCGAGAAAAUUCUAACUAUGAUUCCCACUGAAGAAGAGAAGCAGAAAAUCCAGGAAGCUCAGCUGGCCAACCCUGACGUGCCCCUGGGCAGUGCCGAGCAAUUCCUCCUCACACUCUCUUCAAUCAGCGAGCUCUCAGCUCGACUCCACCUCUGGGCAUUCAAAAUGGAUUAUGAAACUACAGAAAAGGAAGUGGCAGAACCUCUUUUGGACCUGAAGGAAGGAAUAGACCAAUUGGAGAACAAUAAAACCUUGGGCUUCAUCUUGUCUACUCUCUUAGCCAUUGGGAACUUUCUAAAUGGAACUAAUGCCAAAGCAUUUGAAUUAAGCUACCUCGAGAAGGUUCCAGAAGUCAAAGACACCGUGCACAAGCAGUCACUUCUCCACCACGUGUGCACCAUGGUGGUGGAAAACUUCCCAGAUAGCUCUGAUCUGUACUCGGAGAUCGGAGCCGUCACCAGGUCAGCCAAGGUUGACUUUGAUCAACUUCAGGAUAAUUUAUGUCAGAUGGAGAGAAGAUGCAAAGCUUCAUGGGAUCACCUCAAGGCAAUUGCAAAACAUGAAAUGAAACCAGUUUUAAAACAACGAAUGUCCGAGUUCCUAAAAGACUGUGCAGAGCGAAUUAUCAUCUUAAAGAUAGUCCAUAGAAGAAUAAUUAACAGAUUCCAUUCCUUUUUGCUCUUCAUGGGCCAUCCACCAUAUGCAAUCCGGGAAGUGAACAUAAACAAGUUCUGCAGGAUCAUUAGUGAGUUUGCACUGGAGUAUCGCACCACCAGGGAAAGGGUUUUGCAGCAGAAGCAGAAACGGGCCAACCACAGAGAGAGAAAUAAGACCAGAGGAAAGAUGAUCACCGAUUCAGGCAAGUUCUCCGGCAGUUCUCCCGUGCCCCCCAGCCAGCCACAGGGCCUGAGCUACGCUGAGGAUGCUGCUGAGCAUGAGAACAUGAAGGCUGUGCUGAAAACCUCUUCGCCUGCAGUGGAGGACACCACCCCAGUGCUGGGCAUGCGCAUGCGCAGCCGAGCCAGCCGUGGAUCCUCUAGUUCAUGGACGAUGGGAACUGAUGACUCGCCUAACGUCACGGAUGAUGCGGCUGAUGAGAUCAUGGACCGCAUCGUCAAAUCGGCCACCCAAGUGCCCAGCCAGCGAGUGGUACCUCGGGAGAGGAAGCGCUCUCGCGCCAACCGGAAAUCUCUGCGAAGGACCCUCAAGAGUGGCCUGACUCCAGAAGAAGCCAGAGCCCUGGGGCUGGUCGGCACCUCAGAGUUGCAGCUGUGAUGCUGUGGCGCCCUCCGGAAGUGUGCUCCAGCAGAGUACAUACUGCUGCUCAGAACCCCUCCGGGGGAGGCGAGGGGUUUCUCCACGAGCAUCGGAACAUUCUGAGGCAGCACCCAUCUCUGGGUGUCACCAUGUGCUGUGUCGCCCACUGUGCACUGACAUGGGGUCCCCUCACACACUUCUUCAUCAUGUCAGCAGAGCUUCUUGUUUCCUUUGCACCUGGUUUAGCAGUUCCGAGGCGAAACACCUCUUCUGUGCGAGGAACAGUCCUUUGAAAGAACAAAUCACCUCUGUCAGUUUCUACUGUCAUGAGGCAAUUUGAUUAGCUUCAGUGACACCAAAGUGUCCAAAUUGUACACAAGCAAGCACAGAUUGUUUACCAGUUGUGGAUUUUAAAUGAACUCAAUGUUUAUACAAACUCCUAAGUGUACACCGUGUUUCAAAUAAUAAAUAAAUAAGAGUUUAAUGUCGUAACUGGAAAUGUUUUUUCUCCUGGGUGUAGGAGCUUAAACAGCAGCACGGCCUCACCUCCUCCCGAGGCAGCAAGUCUUCUCAGGUCCAGCAGAAGCUCGGGAGACGUGGCUGCCUCCUGGCCCUUUGGGUUUCCGUUGUUUGUGAAGAGAGUGUGUGAUAUUAACAGUGCGCUCGCUUUAACUCCUGAUUGGUGAGGCCUAAAUCCUUCUUGCAGGACAUGUCAGCAGUCACUUCUGCCACCUGACUGUGAUUUCCUUUGCCCCAUGGUGAUGCGAAAGCAGCAUCAGAGUAGCAUUUUAAAACUGUCCUGCAACUCACGUAUUUACCUUGUAUGUAAAAAUUCAUUUUUUUCCAAUGAAUUUACUGAGUCACCAAAUGGAAAUUUAUAGCUUUGUCUCCAGAGAGCCUCAGAAUGACAGAUGUGGUACUUGGCCUGGGGCAGGCCUCCAGGAUUACAGGCGCCCAGAGCAGACACCGUGGCCCUCGGGGCAACACUGAGCCCCUCUGAGGGGGUGGUGCCCAAGUCCACCAUGAAGUCCUCCACCCCCUAGCAUCUCACAUGGCUCUCAUGAAGAUCCUCUGCCUCCGAGAGGUGAACUGCUGAACAGGUACUUAGCUUUUUGGGGGAAGGGAUUACUAUGUCUAUCUUCAAAACCUCUGUGACUCUGCAAUCCCAAAUCUGGGUGAGGCUGACUUACAGACUGUACAGUCAUGCUGUCUGAAGAAUCACAGGCCAUGCAUUUACCCCUCAGGCCUCUGUGACUAGGUACCUCCUUUUCUGUAUCCCCACUCACUGAGAGACCAAGAACUCUUUUAGACAGGUGUGUGUCAAGUAACACGAUGGAGAGCCUGAAAGAGGUCACUUUAUUGAAAAGGAUACAUAGGAUAUUAAUGUUCAUUUCCUUCUGGUUCUAAGUAACUAAUAUUCUGCAUGUGAUUUAGUGGUUUGGGGGAGCAUUUGCCUGUUGCACUGGUACUGAAUGCAGACAUGGAAAAUCUGUACCCUUUGGGAUUAUGAUGUGCAAACAAAAGCAAGAUGUAUUUUUGUUGCACUGUUUAGUGAUCAAAUACUCGGACGCCCUUUCAGGGGCCUUUGCUGUUCUGUUGACAGUUACUGCUUAAAAUAAAAGGUCACAUUUGGAAGG